GGACUGAAGGUGAAGCCGGCGGGAAAGGCCUCGCCGGCUCUCGCGCGGGAGCGCUCCCUGUACGUCUGAAGCAUUUCCCGAUAGCUUUCCGAAUGGGUAAGCGGAAGCAAUCUAAGCCAAGGAGGUCCGAUGGAAUUAUAGGGCAUUCUGUUCCUAAUUCCAAUCAAGAAGAGCCCGCUGCUUCCACCGAUUGUCCAGAUGCCGGCGUCGACGAUGAAAAUUUUGAGCGAAAGAAGGUAGUCUUCGUUGAAGUAGACACGAAUUCUUCACCGUCCGAUAAGCAUUUCAAUGUGGCGGAUAUUAGGGUUUGCGACGUCAGGUUCUCGGAAGGCCUUUCGAGCGCGGAAUUUGUGCGCGAGAGGUUUUGCGAGGCGGAUUUCGCUCUCAGGUUUAGGGUUUUGAUGGAGCCGGGCGAGAGUGUGCAUGUGGGAAAUUGGCCGAUGCUAUCGGCUGGCAAUGUUUACCUAGAGUUCGUCGUUCGUCGGGAGGAUGAUAGCGAGGGGUCAGUGGUGUUCUCGGCAGGGUUCGAUGCGUCGGAUGAGGGAAUCACGGGGCUUGUUCACCUUGUUAGUCAGAAGUUCUUGACGGUGAGGUUGGUGAUGGAGGAUGCGGUUUCCGAAGGGUUUCCUUCGUUCAGGGCCCGGAUAGAUAUACUGUGCAAGGCUUUUGACUCCUGCGAAUCUCUUUACGAGACGACGAGAGCGCCUUGGAAGAAGAGCAUGAUGAACGUUAUGGCAUGGUUACGCCCAGAAGUUGUGACUUCCGAAGUUAGAUAUGGGUUUCAUAAAUCCGAGUUUAUUCAACCUGGUUUACGCUUCAAUAAGGAAUCUCCCUUCGAUGCUUUAAAUUUCUAUGAAGCCAUAAGCCCAUCAAAGCAAGAACCAAUGCUGGCAGAUGAGCUUUCGGACUUGCUUCCUAAGCUUAGACCGUACCAACGCCGGGCGGCUUAUUGGAUGAUUCAACAGGAGAAGAAGAAGACGCAGGAAAAAGUGAUCCAUGAGAAAUCUGACCCACUUCCUAAUCCCUUGUGCAUACCCGUGGAUGCGGUUGAUAAAAGUGCUCGGAUAUUCUACAACCCGUUCAGUGGAAGUUUAUCAAUGGAUUCAGAGGAUUGCUCGUUGGACAUCUCCGGAGGUAUUCUUGCUGAUGAAAUGGGUCUAGGGAAAACCGUUGAGCUGCUUGCUUGCAUUUUUGCUCAUCGCAAGGUAUUGAUCAAUCAUUGUGUUGCUCCUAAAAAUCAAUUAAAACAGUCUGGAACGGCUAUAAGUAAACUGAACAGAUUGAAAAGAGAGCGUGUGGAAUGUGUUUGCGGAGCAGUGAGUGAAAGCGUUGAAUAUAGAGGGUUAUGGGUACAGUGUGAUGUUUGCGAUGCUUGGCAACAUGCAGAUUGUGUUGGGUUCACAGGUGCUAACAGGAUUUCCAGAACAAGAGGUUGUCAACCUUCUCCUGCUAUUGGCUCACAUAAUAAUGUGAAAAAGAAAGGGCAACUUGACGUUGAUGGAAGUUAUGUGUGCACAACUUGCAUCGAAUUGAUUCAAGCUUCCAACUGCUCAGAUGUUAGUGGUGCAACUCUUAUUGUCUGCCCAUCCCCAAUUUUGCCACAGUGGCAGGAGGAAAUUGCACGACACACAAGAGCUGGUUCCCUCAAGGUUCAUGUAUAUGAAGGUGUAAAGAACAUGUCUUCAUGUUCUUCAUUCAUUGAUCUGGAGGAACUUGCAAGUGCUGACAUUGUCUUGACAACAUACGAUGUAUUGAAGGAAGAUCUUUCACAUGAUCAUGACCGUCAUGGUGGUGAUCGUCGUGUUAUGAGGUUCAGGAAGAGAUAUCCUGUAGUUCCAACACCCCUUACAAGAAUAUUUUGGUGGCGCAUUUGUCUUGACGAGGCUCAAAUGGUUGAAAGCACUGCGGCCUCUGCAACUGAAAUGGCACUGAGAUUACGUGGUCAGCAUCACUGGUGCAUCACAGGAACUCCAAUUCAAAGAAGUCUUGAUGACAUGCAUGGGCUCUUACGUUUCCUCCGGGCUUCCCCUUUCGAUUUGCAUAGAUGGUGGAUUGAAGUUAUCCGGGAUCCUUAUGAGGGGAAAGAUGUUGCAGCGAUGGAAUUCACAUACAAUUUAUUCAGGAAAAUUAUGUGGCGUUCUUCUAAAGUUCUUGUUGCAGAUGAGUUGCAGUUGCCUCCUCAGGAGGAACACAUAUCUUGGCUUUUCUUUUCACCAAUAGAGGCACAUUUUUACCAGAGACAGCACGAGACAUGCUCAAGUUAUGCCCACAAGGUCCUUGAAACUUUUAAAGAUGAAAUGCAGAAAAGGAAAAUGACGCAUGGUUCUGAUGUUCCAUGCGAGCUCUUUCUUUCUCAUGCGGAAGUUGCAAAUCUACUAGGUUCACUCUUAAAGCUUCGACAAGCUUGUUGUCAUCCUCAAGUAGGGAGUUCUGGUCUGCGUUCCUUGCAACAGACACCUAUGACAAUGGAGGACAUAUUAGGGGUUCUCAUUGGGAAAACUAAGACUGAAGGAGAAGAAGCUUUGAGGAGGUUAGUAGUUGCACUCAAUGGGUUGGCUGGUAUAGCAGUUCUGGAAAAGGAUUAUCAACAUGGAAUUUCACUCUAUAACGAGGCAUUAGUUUUAGCAGAGGAAAGUUCUGAUGAUUUCCGUUUGGACCCUUUGUUGAAUCUUCACAUUCUUCAUAACUUGGCCGAAAUAGUGCAAAUUGUUCCACAUUGCCUACAAAAGUGCUUGGAGUCAGGAGGAAGAUCUUCAAAAAUCUUUAAAUCAUCUGCAAAGCUAUCUGAGGUUAGUGAGUGUGAACCUCAUUCUGCAAAGAGACAAAAAUUGUCUGAUGACUGCAGUAACGGUCUUAAUCAGUCAAGUUGUUGUGAAGUGCGGACUUCUCCAUCUGAUAGUUUGACAAUUGUUCCAGAAUGUCAAGAGUUCAUGGGGCAUCAAUCAGGAUGUGGGUUUUUACCUCGACCCAUCAUAAUUAGUAAUUUGCUUGUGGAGUGUGAACAUAUUACAAAUAAAUAUUUGGCUGUAUUUGUUUCAAAGCUUUCGGUGGCUCGGCAGGAGUUUAAAAAUUCUUAUGAGCAGGUAGGCAAGUUACUAACUGAAUGUGAACAUGAGCACUCAACUUGGUGGAUAGAAGCCCUUGAUCUUGUUGAACAAAAGGGACAUGAGGAGGAGCUGAUAAAGAAGAUUACUGAAGGGGUAGCUGGAGUUAUAAAUGGUUCAAAAUCAUCAAAAAUUUCUUCAAGGUUUCGUACAUUAAGUGGUUUGAAGUAUCUCAUCCAAACAGGGUUGGAUUCAUUGAGAACUUGUAGAAAUGAAUUGCUUAGUCGUCUAAUGGAGAUUGACCUGACAAUGGACAGCCCUAGGGCAGUUGAUGUGGAACGUGUAAGAUAUUGCUCAAACUGUCAGCCUAAUGGUAAUGGCCCUUUAUGUGUUCAAUGUGAAGCAGAUGAGCUGUUCAUGGCUUAUGAAGCUAGACUCUUUCUUCUUACAAAAGGAGACAAUAUUGCAUCAGCGGAGGAAGCAUUGGACUUGCGGAAGCACAAGUCUGCAUUGAAUCGUUUCUUCGGUGAUUUAGCUCAAGGUGAUAAAAACAUCCAUGGGUCCAAUGUGGGCAAGGAAGAAAAAAGGCAUCGUGAAGCCAAAUCGAGUGUAGUUAUUUCAAGAUCUCCAUCAGAGGUAGAACUUAUUCUCAGUAUUUUAAGGAGCUUUUCAAAGUCACGUCUAGGCAAGGAUGUUGUUGCAUCUGCUUCCAAGCAUCUGUUACUCCUCGAGGCAUUGCGUAGGGAGUUUUCACAGGCAAGGUCAUUUUCAAUCGCUCAAGCACAAAUACUAAGAGCACAUGAUGAGAUCAAGAUGGCAACUUCACGGUUGCGCCUAAGAGAGACCAAGGAUGAGGUGUCCACUAUUGAUGUGUUAAGCCCAGAAGAGCUGAUCUCAUCUAACAUGCACUUUUCAAGUGAAAAAUUCAUGUCUCUGUCAAUGCUUUCUCGCGUCAAAGGGCAUCUUCGCUAUCUGAAGGGUCUGGCAGUUGCUAAGCAGAGGAAGAAAGAUGAGGGAUCCAGUCCUUCCUCCUCAAAUGAACAUUUGGGGAUAUCAGCAGGAGGUUCUCAAGUAAAAGCAGAGAAAGUUGAAUGCACGGAUAAAGGUGAAGAUGAGAGUUGCCCAGUUUGCCAUGAGAAGCUUAGUAACCAGAAGAUGGUAUUUCAAUGUGGACAUGUCACUUGUUGCCAGUGUUUAAUUGCGAUGACUGAACAUGCAUUUGUUCUUCAUGGAAAGACACAAAGAAAAUGGGUCAUGUGUCCAAAGUGCAGAGAGCAUACACAUUAUGAGAAUAUUGCUUAUGUAGAUGAUGACCGAAAUCAAGCUUAUGAUGCAGUGCACAUUGAAGGAUCUUAUGGAACAAAGGUGAUUGGAGCUGUCACAAAGAAAAUUAUGUGGAUAUUAUCUACUGAUCCACAGGCAAAGAUUUUAGUCUUUUCAAGUUGGAAUGAUGUUUUGGAUGUUUUGGGACAUUCUCUUGAUGCAAAUGGUAUUACCUAUGUUCGAAUGAAAGGUGGAAGGAAAUCACAUACUGCUCUCAAGGAAUUCAGAGAAGGGGUUACCAGAGAUACUGACAAUCCAAUUGCAGAAAUUAAUCAGUGCAAAGCAAAAUCAAUUCGAGUGUUGCUGAUUUUAAUUCAACAUGGUGCUAAUGGUCUUAAUCUUUUAGAAGCACAACAUGUAGUUCUUAUAGAGCCACUACUAAAUCCUGCAGUUGAAGCUCAGGCGAUUAAUAGAGUUCACAGAAUCGGACAAGAGAAGCCUACUUUUGUUCAUCGCUUCAUUGUAAAGAAUACUGUUGAAGAGAGCAUCCACAAAUUGAAUAUAAGCAAAGCGGCCACAUCAGUUAUAAAUGCAGUCCGUAGAAGUCAGGAUCAGCCGACUUUGACAGUGCAAGAUUUGGAAUCUCUUUUUUGUAGUGGAAAGCCAGCUGAAACAGGUGAAGACAUGAGUAGCGCCAUUCGCCAAACAGAAUGUUUAAGGCAUCUGCCUCCUGCAGUCGCUGCUGCUCUAGCUGCAGAAAACAGACAGCGACAGGGACAGCAAACCACCUGUGAAUCCUAUGAAUAAUUUAAUCUUUGCAAGGCGUGACCAUGCAAAUGCACAAUUUUGUAGCAGAAAAUCCAGAUAACCACGACGCUGCUGUAUCAUGUACAAAAUUACGUUGCCACUUUCAGAAGCUUUCUUGCUAUCUAUUCUUGCUGACGGCUUGGGAUGAUGCCUGGAUCUUGGUUGUACAAAGGUGGCUGGAUGUGUACUUGGAAUGUACUCUAGUUGGGUAGGGAAGAUUUUUUGCCCCUUCUGCACAGGAAGUCGAGUAGCACCAUUUUUUGUUUAUUUGUAUGUAACUUAUUUUGUAAAUAUAAGAAGUGAAAGAACCUGAAAUCUGUAUACAGUCACCUUGGAAUAUAUUCUGUAGCAGGUCGCAGGUUGCUAGGUAACUUAUGUUAAUUCCUGACCCAGUUGCAAUAAUUAAUGAAAUUGUAUGCUUUCCAUUC